CGCCGCCGGUCCCCAACAUGGCGGCCGCCAGGGCCUCCGGGGCCGCUUUGCCUGAGGUUGUGGCCGCCCAGCUUCUGGGUGUUCUGUGGCUCGCGACAGUUACCACGGGAUCUUGGGGGGCUGCCGCCACCGCCGCCGCCGGGGGCGAGGAGACGCUUAAGUGCGAGGACCUCAGAGUGGGACAAUAUAUUUGUAAAGAUCCAAAGAUAAAUGAUGCUACACAAGAACCAGUUAACUGUACAAACUACACAGCUCAUGUCUCUUGUUUUCCAGCACCCAAUAUAACUUGUAAGGAUUUCAGUGGCAAUGAAACACAUUUUACUGGAAAUGAAGUUGGUUUUCUCAGGCCCGUAUCUUGCCGAAAUGUAAAUGGCUACUCAUACAAAGUGGCAGUUGCAUUGUCUCUUUUUCUCGGAUGGCUGGGAGCAGAUCGAUUUUACCUUGGAUAUCCUGCCUUGGGUUUGUUAAAGUUUUGCACUGUAGGAUUUUGUGGAAUUGGGAGCCUAAUUGAUUUCAUUCUUAUCUCAAUGCAGGACAGGCAAGCAGGCAUGAAGAGGCUAAGGUACCUGUGCAUGUAUGCUUCAAGAAAUUUAAAGUAUUAUUGGAAUUCAUCAAGUUAAGAUACCCAGAAUUCAAAGUGUGUUUGAAACCCAACAAUAUACCUAAUAUUUUCAUGCUAGGUUCUUUCCUUGCUUUAUAGCUUUAGUUAUAUCAAAUGCUAGAGCUGAUUUAAUUCAGCCACUAGUUCCUGCCAUGUGUGCAUCUGAACUUUUCAUAGUAAAUAGUUCUUUUCUCCAAAGAGCUCUUGGGAUUGGGGUUCUUAAUGCUAUCACAUUAAGAAAUUAUU